GAAGGAAGCACCCACCGGAAGCUGCCCCAGGAUCCGAACAUGGCGACCGCCCGGUUCCUACACUGGAACCUGAGACGAACCGGCGCCUGGCUGCUCCCGCCGCCCGCGCGCUGUCCCCAGCGGGCUCUGCACAAGCAAGCAGAGGGCACCGAGUUCAAGAGCAUCUACAGCCUGGACAAGCUCUACCCGGAAUCCCGGGGCUCGGACACCGCAUGGAGGGUGCCGGCUGAAGCACAGCAGGCCAGUAACGACAUUCCUCUGGAUCGUUUGACGAUAUCUUACUGUCGGAGUAGUGGUCCUGGGGGCCAGAAUGUUAACAAAGUGAACUCCAAGGCUGAAGUCAGGUUCCACUUGGCAACUGCUGAGUGGAUCGCAGAGCCCGUGCGGCAGAGGAUCGCCAUCACGCAUAAAAAUAAGAUCAACAGGUUAGGAGAGUUGAUACUCACCUCUGAAUGUAGCCGCUACCAGUUCCGAAAUCUGGCAGAUUGUCUUCAGAAAAUUCGAGACAUGAUUGCUGAGGCCAGCCAGCCAGCGAAGGAGCCAUCCAAAGAAGACGCUGCGCUACACAGAAUCAGGAUAGAAAACAUGAACCGGGAAAGGCUGAGAAAAAAGCGAAUACAUUCUGCCCUAAAAACAGACAGGAGAGUGGGUAUGGAUUGAAAUCCUCCAGAGCUGGCACGGCCCUCUUUAGGGGGUCCAUGCUGCCACAGCCGAGAGCAUGAACACCGUCAGGAGACCCUGUGUGUGUGUGCGUGGGUGUGUGUGUGGGUGUGUGGGUGUGUGGUUGUUAACACCUGUACACGAGAAUGUUCAUCUGGAAGGACGGUUGCAGAGGUCUUCAUGAGCAAUCACCUAUUGUCAAACCUUAAUUACUUGUUUAACAUAUGAGCUGCAUUAAAACUCCGCAAGAAAUGCA